AAAAAAAGUCCAGGUUGGUUGGUGAGCCUAGUGAUAGGAGACUAUCUAGCUUGGUUCGGAGAGAUUAGACUGUGUCUUCCAGACGAUGGUAAAAGAAGUCGGGUAUUGUUGACUACUCGAGACGUUGAGGUUGCUCAAUAUGCUAGCUCUCCGGAGGAUCCUUUCAGGAUGCAUUUACUAGGCCCCGAUGACAGUUGGAAUUUGUUUUACCAAAAAGCAUUUGCAGAAAAAGGUUUUCCAAUUGAAUUUGAGGAUGUCGGGAAGGACGUCGCAAAAAACUGCAAAGGAUUACCACUUAUGAUUGUCGUGGUUGCCAAGUUUCUGUCUAGCAAGAGGACAUUGGAAGAGUGGAGAAAAGUAGCUGAAAGUUUGAGCUCAUUAGCAGACGUUGAUGCUUAUCAACAAUGCUCAGAAGUGCUAGCUUUAAGCUACAAUCAUCUUCCUUCCUAUCUGAAAGGUUGCUUUCUGUAUUUUGGACUUUUUCCAAAAGCUAGUAAAAUUUCUAUGGAAAAGUUGAAUAGAUUAUGGAUUGCGGAAGGGCUCCUAAAGGUAAAGGGUUUGGAGGGAUUGGAAGAAGUGGCCGCUAGUCAUUUAAAUUAUCUUAUUGAUAAAAGUCUAGUUAUUGUUAGCAAAAGAAGUAUGGAUGGUAAAAUCAUAAGAUGUAUGAUUCAUGAUCUUGUUCAUGAUUUCUGCUUGAAAGAAGCCGACAGACAGAAUCUUCUGUAUUUUGUGAAUACCGAUAUUGAUGGACCUCUAUGGUUUAUUCCUGAAGGCUGCAGGUGGAUGUCACUACAAUUAAGGCGCUUUUAUCUUCACCGUCCAUUCCCUCAUUUUGCUUAUAGUAAAUUACGUUCCUUUUCUGUCAAUUGUAAAAAAAUCAUUCUAAAUCGCUGUUAUUUCAAACUUCUUAGGGUAUUGGACAUGGAGAAAAGGAAGAUUCUCCAUUUCCCCAUAGCUAUACUAGAACUAGUUCUUUUAAGGUAUUUGGCAUUGAGGAUUAGGAAGCCUGGUAAGUUACCAAUUUCUAAACUUCUGAAUUUACAAACUCUCGUUGUUCGUCCAAUACACACUGGUAUAUGGGGAAUGUACUCCUUACCAAAUGGAAUUUGGAAAUUAUCUCAAUUAAGGCAUCUCCAUUGUUGGUGUAUGUAUUUGGACUCUCCUCAGCUGGCAUCACAAAAUGAGGUGAAGAACUCGAUUUUGGAAAACUUACAAACUGUUUAUGGGUUGAGACCUUCUUGUUGCACUAAGGAAAUAUUUGAAGGGAUUAAGAAAGUGAAGAAAUUGGAAAUUGUUGGUGAAGCACAGGAAUUUAAUAGUGAGACGGGAUGGCAUAAUAAUCUUAAAUAUUUAGAAGAGCUCGAGGCACUGAAGGUUACAGUUUCACUCUAUUAUGGUUUUGACUAUCCGCCGUGUUUAAUAAAUCCAAGUCCAGGUUCUUUCCCACCAUAUCUCAAGAAGUUGACGCUUAGCCGCACUUGUCUUCCAUGGAACUACACGAACAUUUUUAGCAAGUUGCCCAAUCUCGAGGUGCUCGAAUUGAAGAAUGGUGCCUUCUCAGGCAAUGAGUGGGAAAUAACAGAGAUGGGAUUCCCUAAAUUGAAGUUUUUACUCCUUGAGGAUCUGCUUCUUAUUUAUUGGACAGCCACCGAUGAUUGUUUCCAAUGCCUUGAGCGUGUAUACAUCAGAGAAUGCAGGUACUUACAAGAAAUCCCAGAAGGAUUUGCAGAUAGUGUGACGCUGCAGCUAAUUGAGUUACAUAAAUGCUGUCAUCCUCUUGUCACUUUUGCCAAGCAGAUCCAGGAAAAGCAUGAGGAAUUGGGAAACAACAUGCUUAAAGUUUAUGCUUUUGAUUCAAUGAACUUGUGAGGAAGGUAGUUUGGUUUCCUUAAAAGAGAUUGCUAAGGAUUAGCAGCUAGUACCAAGUUGCAGUUGACUGAUUUACACAGAUAUUGCCAUUCCAACAAGAGCAAGAUAUGACCAGUGUUGUGUAACUUAUGAUAUGCUUGUGUUCUCUUUCUUGUUUUUUCUUUAAAUUUUUCAUGUCAUUUUUUUAGCAAAAAUUGUGGUGAUUUGUAUUAGGGGUGUCAAAUGGGCGGGUUGGGUCAAUUUUGGACGGGUCAAAAUGGGUUGAGUCAAUAAUUGGGUGGGUCAAAUGACCCGCCCAAAAGUUACUUGGGCUAAGAUGGGUUGGGUCAAGAUGGGUUAAAAUUCGGGUCAUAACCCAACCCGCC